CAUCUGUGAAUUCUUCUUCUUCUUCUUCAUCGGAAGAAGAAUCCACAAACUUAUCUCAUCUGCAAAAAAUUAAUUGUGCUUCCCCAUGGAUUUGUCGCUUUUGUUGCCAUAACAGAGCUGGGAAAUUUCUGGGGGAGCAGAUAAAUUCAGAGUAGCAAUGUCAUUGAAGAAUAUAGUAAAAGAGUUUAGGGUGAAGAACAAAUGCAAAGCAAUUGGUAGACGAGGGAGGUCACAUAUUGCACCAGAAGGAUCAUCAGUGUCUUCUUCUUUAUCAACUAAUGAAAGUUUAAAUCAGAGUAUUUGGGUUGAUUUGCCUCCAGAGUUACUUCUUGAUAUAAUCCAUAGGAUUGAGUCUGGACAGACUUUAUGGCCUGCGAGGAGAGAUGUCGUUGCUUGUGCUUCGGUUUGUAGGUCUUGGAGGGAGAUGACUAAAGAAGUUGUUAAAGUUCCUGAGGUCUCUGGUUUGCUUACGUUUCCGAUUUCUUUAAGACAGCCUGGUCCUAGAGAUGAUCCAAUUCAAUGCUUUAUUAAACGGGAAAGAGCUACGGGGAUAUACCGUCUCUAUCUUGGUUUAAGCCCUGCUCUUUCUGGUGAUAAGAGUAAGCUGUUGUUAUCUGCAAAGAGAGUCAGGAGAGCGACGGGUGCGGAGUUUGUUGUAUCCUUAUCGGGAAAUGACUUCUCAAGAAGUAGUAGUAAUUACAUAGGAAAACUGAGAUCCAAUUUCCUGGGAACCAAGUUCACAGUCUACGAAAACCAACCUCCUCCGUUUAACCGGAAACUCCCACCAUCAAUGCAAGUGUCUCCAUGGGUAUCGUCGUCAUCUAGUAGUUACAACAUAGCUUCCAUCUUGUAUGAGCUGAAUGUUCUAAGAACCAGAGGUCCAAGAAGAAUGCAAUGUAUAAUGCACAGUAUCCCGAUUUCGGCAAUUCAAGAAGGCGGCAAAAUCCAGUCGCCAACCGACUUCAUAAACCAAGGAAAGAAGAAGAAGAAGCAGCUGAUGGAUUUCUGCUCAGGGAACCUGGGAGGAGAAUCUAUUGUAAAAGAACCAUUAAUUCUGAAAAACAAAUCUCCGAGAUGGCACGAACAGCUCCAAUGCUGGUGUCUCAACUUCAAAGGUCGAGUCACAGUUGCCUCGGUGAAAAACUUCCAGCUAGUGGCAGCUGCUGCAGAAGCAGGGAAGAACAUGAACAUUCCAGAAGAGGAACAAGAGAGAGUGAUAUUACAGUUUGGGAAGAUAGGCAAAGACAUUUUCACAAUGGAUUAUCGUUACCCGAUCUCUGCAUUCCAAGCUUUUGCCAUUUGUUUAAGCAGCUUCGACACGAAGCCGGUCUGCGAAUGAAGCAAAUAUAUCAUAUCAAUUAUAUUCUUCUAUUUGCAGUUUGUGUGGUUUAAUCAAUGUACAUACUUUUCCCUCUUGGAGCAAUCAAACAAUCAGAUCUUU